AUGGCGGCAUCCGACGAAGGAAAGCCGGCGGUGGAGGCAGCAGCGGCGCAGGCGCCGGCGGCUAGCCAUCCAUGGGAGUACCAGCUGCGGGAGUACCUCCUGCUGCUGAGCUCGGUGGUGGCCAUCUCGACGUACGCCGCCGGGCUGGCCCCGCCGGGGGGCCUGCGGGAGGAGGACGGCGCGGGGCGCAAGGCCGGCGACCCGGUGCUCGAGGACACCGGGAGCGCUCGGUACCUCGCGUUCUACUACUGCAACGCGACGGCCUUCGCCGCGUCGCUCGUGGUGAACCUGCUGCUGCUCGUGCUGGAGGAGGCGAGCACCGUCGGGCUCGCCAUUCUCCGGACGGUGAUGGUGCUCGACGUCCUCGCGCUCAUGGGGGCCUACGCCGCCGGCAGCUGCCGGGACCUGCCCAGCACCGUCUACGUCUCCACGCUGGCGGUCGCCCUCUCCGCCUACCUCGGCAUCAGGAUCAUUGUCGUGUACUCCCAAACCGGACCACCAAACCCUCCGGCGACUUCGCCCGCUGGCGCCGGAGAGCAAGACGACGACCACGGCCAGCUGCGCAAGGUGCUGAUGCUGCUGGCGACGUUCGCGACGGAGAUCACGUACACGGCGGGGCUGAGCCCGCCGGGCGGGUUCGGGGACGACGGGGGCCCGGCGCUGCAGUCGUCGGCGCGGCUGAUGGCCUUCUUCUGCUGCAACACCGGAGCGUUCGUGGCGUCGCUGUGCAUCAUCGUGCCGCUCCUGAGCAGCAGGCUGCAGCGGGUGUCCCUCGAGCUGUACCCGCCCGUCCUCGUCGCGCUGCUGGGCCUCAUGGGCGCCUACACCGCCGGCAGCACCAGGGAUCUGAAGACGAUCGCCUACGUCCUCGCCCUCGUCGCCGCGGUUCUCGCGUACAUCCUCCUCGCCAUGGUCAUUGCUCUCAACAACGACUACAAGAAGAAGAAGAACGACCAACCUGGUGGGGAGAGAGAUUCAGAGGCUGCAAGUGCAAGGAAUGCAAAUUCGGCGCAACCAGAUGGUGAGAAGGGCAGCAAAGACAAGAAAGAAGCACUGAGGGAUAAAGAUUUUGUCCUGCUGCUGGCCACCCUCGCCGCCAGCAUCACGUACCAAGCUGGGCUAGACCCACCAGGCGGCGUCUGGCAAGACGACCACGACGGCGGCGGCCACAGAGCCGGCGACCCGAUACUCUCGUCCACGCACGCUAGCCGCUACAGGGCCUUCUUCUACUGCAACUCCACCGCGUUCGCGGCGUCCCUGGUCGUCGUCUUGAUGAUCCUCAGCGACAGGCUGGUGAGGAGCAAGGCGCUGGUGAGGAGCAAGGCGCUGGUCGUCGCCAUGGUCCUCGACCUGUUCGGCCUCAUCGGCGCGUACGCCGCCGGGAGCUGCCGGGACGCGAACACGUCCGUCCACGUCGCCGCCGUCGCCGGGGCCGUGCUCGUCUACGUGGUCAUCCAUGUCGUGUUCUGGCCUGACCGUUUGUACAGGGAGGAGGAGGAGGCUGAGCUGGAGAGGCGGCGAGAGCGGCUCCUCCUCCUCGCGAUCCUGGUGGCCACCAUCGCCUACCAGGCCGGGCUGAUCCCGCCGGGCGGCUUCUGGGACAAAGACGGCGGUGGCCAUCUCGCGGGCUCGCCCGUGCUCCUCGACACCUACCCGAGGAGGUACCAGGCGUUCUUCUACUGCAACGCGACGGCCUUCAUGGCGUCCGUCGCGCUCGUCAUCCUGCUCGUCAACCCUAGGCUGUACAGGCUGGGGAUACGGUGCUACGCGCUGUACGUGUGCAUGGUGGUCGGCAUGUUCGGCCUCAUGGCGGCCUACGCCGCCGGGAGCGCCCGGGAGGUGCGGACGUCCGUCUACGUCUUCGUGCUCGUCGGCGUGGUGGUCGCCUUUCUGCUCGUCCAGCUCCUUGCGUAUAUCGACAUCCGGGAAGCGUGGAAGAAGCUCCGUGUGCGCCGCAGCUCCGGUAAGCUGGCGAAGAUCUCCGAUUCGGAUUCAGUUGGCAAUACAGCAAACGGGUCAUCUGUUCCAGAGCAGAACAGCGCCGGCAAUGGCGGCGACGGCGGCAACACCGUGACCGGAGACGACGAGCCGUCCCAGAGGAAAGAAGAGUACCUGAUGACGCUCGCGAUUCUGGCCGCGAGCGUCACGUACCAGGCCGGGCUGAACCCGCCGGGCAGCGUCUGGAAGGCCGGCAAGGCCGGCGCCGGGAACCCCGUGAUGCACGACCGCAGCCACGGCCGGUACAGCGCCUUCUUCUACUGCAACUCCACCUCCUUCGUGGCGUCCGUCGUCGUCAUCGUCCUGCUGCUGCAGCACCAGCGGCGGCGGCAGCGCGGCGGCGGCGGCAGCCUCCUCCUCCUCUACGCCAUGAACACGGUGAUCGUCGUCGACCUGCUCGGCCUCCUCGGGGCGUACGCGGCCGGCAGCUGCAGGGACUGGGAGACGUCCGGGUACGUCAUCGCGCUCGCCGUCGUCGUGCUUGCCUGCAUCGUGACCCACUUCGCCAUGCUGUUGUAUCGCCAUGCGAAAAGGUAGGGAUCAAAUUUUAUGACCACAUGCAUGCAGGACAUCGAUGAACAUGGUCAAACGGUGAGGCCGUGAGAUAGUGCAUAUGUUAGUACUAGUGCUCUUUUCCGUCUUUUCCAUAUUAUAAGACAUGUUUGUAUGAUGAUCUACACCGCAAUUCGGUUGAUCUGUGAAUCCAGUGUACAUGUAUACCUUGUUUGCUGUCUUUCAGGAAUUCUCCUAUGAUUAUAUAUAGAAGUUGAUUUGUAGUUCAUAGUUUGCCAAUAAGUAUGUUGAGCUACUUUAUGUAAGUUGCAUGAUGAAAUGGAUUUGGUAAACUAAGAGCUUGU